AAAACAGACUUCAUUGCAAGUGACGCACACCAGAGUGCUCUUAGGUUGGAAUUUCUUCGGUUCCGAUUCACAUCUCUUCAUGUUGAUGUGAUCUUUUCUCUUUAACUUCCUGAUUCCAUAACGUAUCAUAAACCCUAGACUCCAUUCUCUGUUCGUAGGAAUUCCCAAUCAAGGUUAUCUCCUUAUUAAUUUGGCCUGCAUCUCAAAAUUUAAAAAAAAAAACGCUCAUCCUUGCAUUAAUUGGAUCAGGUUUAUAAAAUGGCUAAUCCGAAUCGAGAUGAACAUCAGUUCCAAUCGAAAGUUUUAGGUAUAAAGAACAGACUAAAUGGCAUCUCAAAUCAAUAUCACACCACAGCAGGUACCAUCUUCGGCUACCCAGGACAAGUUGAAGAGUUUACGCUCCCUUGACGAAGGAAAAUCAAGUGGCGUUACUGUUCGUGUUACCAGGAAAUGGGAAGAAUUGGAUUUUAUGUCCACCAAUGACGUUACCUCGACGAACAGGUAUUGACCACCCCUUGUUUCUGUAAAUUUGCAAUACACGACAAGUUGAAGAGUUUACGCUCCCUUGACGAAGGAAAAUCAAGUGGCGUUACUGUUCGUGUUACCAAGAAAUGGGAAGAAUUGGAUUUUAUGUCCACCAAUGACGUUACCAGUGUCGAUAUGGUUAUUGUCGACGAACAGGUAUUGACCACCCCUUGUUUCUGUAAAUUUGCAAUACACGACAAGUUGAAGAGUUUACGCUCCCUUGACGAAGGAAAAUCAAGUGGCGUUACUGUUCGUGUUACCAAGAAAUGGGAAGAAUUGGAUUUUAUGUCCACCAAUGACGUUACCAGUGUCGAUAUGGUUAUUGUCGACGAACAGAUGUGGUUGGCUUCUUAAAGACCUCACCAACAUUCAGGUACUUCAGAGGGCUAGUGGGCAAUCCAGCCGAAUGCGCGAGAUAAUGAUUGAGAAUGAUUGCGCUAUGGGGUUCUGCCGCUAAUCAGGUUGGGAAUGACCCAAUUGAUUGCGACUCCACUCCAUGUCCAGUGUUGGUAGCUGUACGCUCCACUUUUGUGAAAAAUUACCAAGGGAAAAUCACCCUGUCGUCAACCAAUGCGACGAAGAUCUACAACAAUGUAGACCUGAAAUCGUCGAAAUGCGUUCAAGAUGCCCUUAUGCGCGCCCACCCCGUCAUAUUACGGUGCCGACUAGGAAAGGCAAGACAGCGAUCCAUAUUUUCGAUCCUGACAACAGGAAAACCAUAUCUGAUGCAGGGCAUACUACAAUUCCAGAAGAUUCCGCUUAGAGGCAAUGGGAAGUGCACUGUAAAGAGGAUACAAAGCUCGAGUUGGAUACGAAUCGAGUGAAAUACUUCUUUGGGUAAUGCUAUGUCUUCCUAAGCAAACUUAAACAUGCACUUUCAAUCUGCAUAUGUUUUUAAUUCUUAAAAACUAGGAAACUCUAGCUGCACUAUUUAGAUUAAAACGACAUGCAGAGAUUAUUUAUUCACAAGUUCGCUUUCCAAGUGGUCAUAAAUUAGGUCGCAUUUGAUGUCAAAGGGAUUAAAGCCAUUAGCCUAUCAAAUAAGACUAAAAGGUUCUGUAUGAAAAGUACAACUAUAUCUAUAAAAGAUCAUUCUCAGUCUAAUAUGAAUGUGAGCAUACUAUUGGAUUGCUUUA